GUCAUGUUUAUGUAAAUUAAAAUUACUUAAAUAUUUUUUUUUCAAUUGAAUCCCGUUCAUAGUUUGUUCAAGAAAAUAAUAGUAAGUUUUUAAACUUGAUUCAUCGUUGUCUCGAAAGUUUCAGUUUUUUUUUUGGUUUGUUUUCUUUGAGUUCGAAAGUAUCGAAAAAAUUUUGGAGGUAUAUUUAAGAAGGGCUCAAUCUGGAGGACUUUCUUGUUGCUGUUAUCAAUUCUACGAGCGUGCCCCAUCAUCAACACAUCAUGCGGCAUGGAACCGUUCGUAGACGGAAUACUGAUCUUCCACAUUUGGAAUCCAUAUCACGUAUUCAAAAUAUACCAAUUGUGGAAAGCAGUUGGGCAUAUGCAAAUCAAUUUUAUACUGGGCUAAAACGAUCAAAUUCAUUUGCCGCAUGGGGCUGUGAAACUGCUGAACGUUCAAUUAAUUUUGCAUUUGAUAGUACUGUACCACUUGCAGUUGGAAUCUUAGGUAAUGGACCAAUAUCUGCCAUGGAUAAAUUAGUAUGUAAAUCAUUGGAUAUAUUAGAUCAACGUGUUCCAUCUUUAUAUUUACCACCACAGAUGAUGUAUUGGAAUACAAAACAAUAUAUGAACACAAAAUUAGUCACACCGAUGUUAAAACGAGCUGAUUCCGUGAAAUAUUUGGGUAAUCAAGUGCUUACAAGUAAAUAUACAGAAUUUGCAGCUGAUAGUUUGGAUAAUGCGUUAAAUGUUGCUGAUAAAUACGUUGAUACAUAUCUACCAGCUGAAUCUGGAACUGAAGAUGCAGAAAUUAAACAAGCUAAAGUCAGUGAACAAAAUUCUGGAAAAGCAGUCAAAACAUUACACCAUGUUGAUAGACUCUCUCGUAAAUUGAAGAGACGUAUUACUCGCCAUGCAAUUGCUGAGGCUAAAGCUUUGAAGAAACAAAGCAAAGAAGCUAUUCAUGUAAUGGUUUAUGUCGCUGAAUUGAUUGCAACUGAUCCAAAAUUGGCAUUGAAAAAAGCACAAGAAUUAUGGGCGGCAUUAAGUAAAGAUGAACCAGAGAAUCAAGCACGUCCACAAACCGUAGAACAAUUGAUUGUAAUGAUAACACGUGAGACAGCACGUCGUUUGGUACAUUUAAUCAAUCAUACAAGUUCACGUAUGACCAAAUUACCAAAUCAAAUAAAUCGAACUGCACGUGGUAUAACAAUACAAUUUUUACAUGUUGCCGAUACACUUGUCAAGAGAAUACAUCUUGAAGGGGUUAAAAACAGGGCAAUGAAUGAAGCCAAGAGUCAAUACGAGAAAUUACGAUCCAUCUUGCAAUUCCUGAAUGCAUUCGCAAAUAACACAUUGGAGCGUUUAGCAAUAACCGUUGCUGGAGGAUCGUCAACCACUCACAGUCAAUUACCGACAAGAAAAACAAAACAAAAUUCUGAUCAAACAAAUUUUGGUUUUGCACCAACAACACCAGUACCGCCAAAAUCAACACCACCUAAUUCAACACCACCAGAAAAUGAAAAUAAAAAUUCCUCCCCAAAUCGCAACAAACACUCAACAAAUACUGUAACCAAACGUAAUAACAAUCAUCGUCCUGAAAUUAAAUCAAAUAAUCAUAAUAAUUCACAUUCCCUACAUCCUGUUGAGAACUCCAACACUAAUUACAGUUCUUUUGAAUAGCAGCUCAACAGUGAUGUGGAAAAUCUAUUUUAUUUUAUUGCUCUCUUUAAUAUUUUUAUCAUUGUUUCUUAUAUUAUUUUAGUCUUGUUUAUUACAACGCGUUGAAUUCUUUUUAAAUAUGGCGUUAUUUUCAUCUGUACAACCGAAUGACGUCAGUUUCAUAUUUACUUUGACAGUAGUUUUAAGGUUAUGUGGAUUUUUUGAUUUUGUGUAUUUUGGAUAUCUUAGAAAUGAAGUUCGGAGUGAAUGCCUUAAAAAUAAAACUGAUCUUCUCUGUAUAAAAAAUAAAUCUUGUGAUUUCCCAAAAAAUACUCACCAUCUGAUAAAAUCAUAACUGUAUAGUAUUCACCAUGGAGGUUAGAGAGAAGGAGAACGAUCGCUGUAGGAAAUAGUUAUACGAUCAAAAUAAGUGAGGCGCUGCGAUCGCUAAGUUGUCUCAAUAAAAGCGGGCUGUUGAUAAAUUUG